AUGCCGUCUUCUUUUCUUUCUCCCGAUGUCUCUGGUUCUCUCAAUACUUUCUUUUUUUCUUUCUUUCACAUUCUCCUAAGUACUUUCUUAUUCCCACUAUUUCCUGUCCGCUUUAUUUUGAGGUUUCUUUUCUUUCUUUCUUUCUUUCUUUCUUUCUUUCUUUCUUUCUUUCUUUCUUUCAUUCAUCCGUUCGUUCAUUCUUUUUCUUUUUGUCUUUCUCUUUCCAUUAACCUUUCUUUCUUUAGCACUUUCUUUAGUAGUUUUUUCUCUCUCAUUGUUCAUAUUUCUUUCUCGGCCUUCCUUUCUUUCUUUCCUUCUUUUCUUCUUUCCUUUUCUCUUUCUUACUUUCUUUCUUUCUCUCUUUCCUUCUAUCUUUCUUUCUUUCUUUCUUUAGCCGAUUCUUUCUUUUACCCUUUCUUUAGCACUUUCUCUCUCUCACUGUUCAUUGUUUUCCCUGUCCCAGCUUUUCUUUCUUUCUUUCUUUCUUUCUUUCUUUCUUUCUUUCUUUCUUUCUUUCUUUCACUGUUCCUCGUUUUCCUUUUCCCAGCUUUUCUUUCUUCUUCUUCUUUCUUUUUUCUUUAUUUUUCAUCAUUUCAGUCCUUCUAA